UUGUUGUUGUUAGUAUAGACUGUGUCUCUGUUCAGUGUUCACACAGUCUUUACCAGCCGCAUGAAGUAAUUCCCGCUUUGCCAGCCUAUCUGGUUCCUGGAUCUGCUGCGCUUCAGCUGCAGGGUUUCCAGUUAUGACGGACAAUGCCUUAUUUAGGGGCCAUUCGUUGGCUGUGGAUGGCGUCGCGCAACGGGCCUUUCUUUCCUUCUGGGUCUUAGUUAGUAGUCUUAGACUGACUGGUGGGAUGGACUCGCACUGCCUAUCAUCGUCACCCGAAAGAUCUCCCAAUUCAACGCUAAAACCGCGCCAGUCUGGAACUAAUUCCAUCCCAUCUUUUUCCCUCGACGCUCUGUUUUCCAGCACAGCAAAGCUAGACUCGACAUUGAUUAGCCUGCUUCUUGUUGCUGAAUUAGUACUAUCUCUCUCCCCAUCAUUUCCCCUCCCCUUCUUCUUCUUCCUUUUCUCUCUCUUUCGCUUCCUUCCGACGCUUUUCGCCCGGACAGCGUGGCUCAGCAUCAUCAUCUUCUUCUUCGUCUUCCCCUCCUCGCUUCGUUGUCUCUCUAUCUUACCUCUCUAUUAUUCUCAUCUUAACUUGAUCGAUCGUUCAUCUUUUCACACAGUCAUUCUAGACUUGUGUAUGACUUUGUUACUCGACGACGCUGCUUGUUCCCGUCCCCACACAUAACUACCACUACAAUACUACUACUACACAUACCCACCCGGCCCUACAGAUCGUCCACCUGCGCCGGUGUUUGAGAUUAUCGCCUUCACGAUUC